UGGCCGCUCGUCCUCCCUUCCCCAGCCGCUACCGCCCACGGAGCACCAACUCCACUCUCCAGUGAGUCUCCCGCACGCAGAGUGGCGCGCGCGACUCCGCCGCAGGCCGCCAUGGCUCUCGCCGCCUCCCACCACGGCCUCGUCGCCGUCGCCCCCGCCUCAUCCUCCGCCGCUGCGGCCUCCCGCGUGCCGCGGGGAGGGUUCCUCGGCCUCCACGCCGCAUCCCCUGCCCCGCUCGCGACCGCACGUAGAAUAUGUUGCCAGUCUAUCAACUCAGCUAAUAUGUUGGGAGCUUCUUCAUCAAAAUCUGAUGAGGCAGUCCCAGUUCCAGUUGUCAUGAUAGAUCAAGAAUCAGACCGUGAUUCAACCAUUGUGCAGUUGAGUUUUGGAGACCGUUUGGGGGCAUUGCUUGACACGAUGAAGGCACUCAAGGACCUUGGCCUUGAUGUCACGAAAGGAACUGUGACAACUGACUCUGACGUCACACAAACAAAGUUCCACAUUAUGCGAUUCGGGCGCAAAGUUGAGGACCCUGACAUGUUAGAGAGGAUACGGCUAACUGUCAUUAACAACCUUCUCAAAUAUCAUCCUGAAUCAAGUGAGAAGUUAGCAAUGGGUGAAUUUUUUGGGAUAAAACCACCUGAGAAGAAGGUUGAUAUUGAUAUUGCAACUCAUGUGGUUGUUGAAGAUGACGGACCAAAAAGAAGCAUGCUUUACAUAGAGACAGCUGAUCGGCCUGGGCUACUUCUGGAAAUAAUCAAGAUUAUCACUGACACAAACAUUGAUGUGGAAUCAGCUGAGAUUGACACUGAAGGUUUGGUUGCCAAGGACAAGUUCCACGUGAGUUACAGGGGCGCAAAACUAAACAGUUCCUUAUCUCAGGUUCUGAUCAAUUGUCUGCGCUAUUACCUCCGAAGGCCCGAGACGGAUGAAGACAGCUAUUGAUUGCUGUGCUGUCCAGCAUUUCAAGGGCCUCAAAUCAGAAGCUACGAACUCUCCCUUGAGUUCCUUUUCUGUGAGGCCUUGCACAUGGAAUUUUCCUGUGUAGUGAACAAAGUAUGGAUCAUCUGUUCCUGAAAUGCAUCCAUGUAUACUUAGAAGAUGGCAUUGACAUUAGGUUGUCGAAUGAGCCUGAUAUCUUGUAGUCGGACUGCUUGGAGCUACAGGCUUAUGUUUCAACAGCCUUUUACCCCAUUUGAUCCCAGUUGUAAGGGGUCACAUUGGAAGGUCCUUACAUGUUGGGUGUUGUCUGUAAGUUGGCACAAUCCAUUUGCAUGUAACUCGGCUAUGAUGUCUUCUGUGAUGAAAUAAAAAGGCACUGCCGAAUUACCAGGACUAGCUUGGUUCUGCUCCCUA